AUGCCGCCCUCGCACUCUACCACCUCAACCAUCCCCGCCGCCACUGCAUCGGGUCAUCCUGCUACUACUACUACUCCUAGCCCAUGUAGCUCUCUGCAACCACAACAACAACCACAACAACAACAACAAAAAUCUAACACCGCUGCUACCGCGGUUCCAGCGACGUCCUCACAUCUUCUAGGGACCUUCCAAACCCCAGCCCUACCAAUGCAUCCCCCGUCCCCCGCGCCCCCUCCCCCCGCCUUACAGACUCACACCCCACCCAGCAAUUCCGAUGACCUGGACCCAUCUCCCGCAUACUCUCCGCUGUCCACUCCAGCCCAGACACCAAGACCUCCACCAUCGCCGCCCAUGGCUCCUGUCGAUGCACCACUCGCGCCUUCACGCCCUCAUCAUGUCGACAUCGCCGGCGCCGGCGCCGGCGCCACACCAACGCGAGCCACAGCGCAGACCACAACGCCUGUGGCAACCCCCCCUACUGCGUCGUCCGCGUCCGCGUCCACGUCCGCGUCUACAUCUGCUGCGGCAACAUCGACAAACACGGACUCCAUCGCGCUCAGGAGCACUCUCCGCCUGCUGAUGCUACAGCGCGAGCGCGCGCGCAACGAUAUCCAGACGCUCGAAGAGCUGCGUCUGCAGGCGCUCGAUAAGCCCGUCGAAUUCAUCGAGUAUAUCCAGGAGCUCGCCGCUGCUGGGCACCCCACAUCCUCAUCCUCGUCUUCAGACGAGGAAUCCACUGGUAAAUCCGCCAAGUCUACUAAUUCCGGUACCACAUCAGCGACCAGGAAGCGUAACGGAAAGCGCGCCGCCUUCGCAGCAACAAAGGACUUGCCAAAGCCGCAAGAGAUCUACCGCUGCCCCACAAUCGAGUGGCAGAAUUACCACGUUCUAGGCGCGCCUCUCGAAAAACUCGUUGAGGAGCAGCAACGGCGACCCAUGGUGGUUCCGCAGCAGAUGCAGACCGGCGGGAUCCUGGGCGUCGGCGCCGAGUUUGGCGAGAAGAUCUCCGGCGAUGGGGGCGUUAUGAAGGGGCGCAUGAGGCUCUUUGAUGGCGUCUCACAGCGCGGUGGCGUUGUGGGAAGAUAA